UUUCUUCAAUCGUCUCUCUCCAAGUUUGCCGGUGGAAGCAUGAAAGAAGCGAAAGCCAACAGUCAGUACCAGCAGCCGCAGCAGCACCAGAACGCCGGAUCAAUUGGGAGAUGUCUUGCAUUGGAUUCGACAAGGCAUUUCCCUUGUGUGUGGGCUACUUUGGGGUGAAAUAGCUCAAGUAGAUUUUGGGCGCUUCACUCUUCACGGCAAAUGACAUCUCUUGGAGAAGAGAACCCCAACAAUGAUACCCUUAUGUUUAUGGAUCUUGCUUUAGAACAGGUACUGUUUAGACUUCUCCCAAGUAGGCUGUAAUUUUGAACCGCUAGGUGUUUUUCUGAUCAAUUACUUUCAGUUUAAGAACUAACUACAGGUUUUUAUAUCGUGGAUUGUAAUUGGCUUGGAUUUCAGGAUAGUGAAAAUUUGUCUAUCCCUGACAAACACCCAAAGUUGAUUUCAAUGAUGGACCGGUCUGGUUAAGUUACUGUCUGCCUGUCACUGAGGUUUCUGUACAGUUCUGAGACCUCAGCAGUGCAAUUUAUAUUUUCUAGUCCUUUUAUAGUAUGAUUGAGUUUGUUUUUGUUGCUUAUCUGUUGUUGUUGGUGCUAUUGGUAGUUCCAAUAAUCUGACUGAGAUUUCCUAUCAAUAAAAGAAAUUUCCUUCAGAUUCAGCUCUAGUCUUCAUGUGGAUUGCCUCUCUUUACUUUAUUCUGCUUGAUAUAUAUUCUUUUUUUUUUUCCUUUUUAUUCUGGUGUUAAGUUGGCUUCCAUAGCUGAUAUUUAACUUCUAUAUUUCUUACUGCUUUAUCUAGGCAAAGCUAGCUUUGGACAGCCUUGAAGUUCCUGUUGGGUACACCAUUUGUAUAUCUUAUAAAUUUGUUGUGCGUUGCCUUUUAAUAUUCUAUGCACAUUUCGUUUUAAGUUCACCUCUUACCCCGUUUCUUUGUUCACAUAACUUUUGGAUUUAUCCUAUUAGUCAUAUAAUUCAAGAUCUAGGCAAAGCUGCUUGAUAUGUUUAUGGCUGAUUGAAUGAUGUUGUAUGAUAUCAUUACUUUUGUUGCGCUGCUUGAGAGAUGUAGGUCUGUGAAUAUUAUUCUCCAUAGAUAGCCCACAGAAAGUUGAUUUGGUAAGUCAAUCACCUAUAGCAUUAUAAUAUAGGUCUUCACUACACAUAUAUACGUACUACAUUUAAAAUUUUCAUCAAUGCUUUCCAUAAUUCUGAAUACGAUUUUUUUGGUACUAUGUGUAGCACACAAUUUUGCUUGACAUCAUACCUAUAGCAUCAUAACAUGUUUCCGGUACAUUUGUAAGUGUUGUACGUUAAAAGCGUUCAUUUUCUAGAGGAGCUUGAAAUAUGGGAAAGAUCUAUACAAUCUGCAGAAUAGAACAGGAAAUGUAUGAGUUCAUGUUUAUAUGCAAUGCAUAUCUAUUUGUCUUGACUUAGUCCUUAGUGCACAUUUUAGUUUCAAACGGCAUUUGUUACUAAAUAAAAAGUCAUUGACAUGAAAACUGAGGAAUUGAAGCCAAUAUUUCUAUUGUUUUCAUUUGGAGAAUUCCAAUUCCUAACUGUCUAAGAAGAUUCAUCUAUUUCAUCUGAUUUGAGUUCUUUUGUAUGUGCAGGAUUUUUGAUAGAAAUAAUUUAUAACAAAUUACAUCUAAGUUAUUGACAGAAUAUUGUUUGACAGAUACAUCCUUAAAAGAUGAAAUUAAACAUCCAAGGACAAAAUCUUACAGAUAAGGACAAGUUGAUCUCCACUUGCCACCUGUUAUAAGGUUAAUUACUUAUUUGCCCUUAACUUAUUUUUUUGGGAAUAUAUUCCCUUACUGCUACAGAGACCGUCUCUCUCUCUCUCUCUAUCUUUCUCCUUCGUCAGCGACAGCUUCUUCUUCUUCUUCUUUAAUUUGAAACGCAGUGAGAGAACCCGUCCAUGGAAGCUUUCCAAUUUCUCUUCUCCUAUUGAAAGCGAUCGAAUUUCCAUGUAAGUUUUUUGAUUCUUCAUGUCUUCUUGCUUCAAAUUCAUGCUUCUGUGUCAAUUUCAUGCUUUCCAAGAUUUUGAUCAUCUACUGUUUCAUCCAAUUUUUUGUGAAUUUCUUCUAGUUUUGGUUCAAUUUGUUUCGUUUUGAAUUAUUGAACUCGUUUUAGGUUGAAUUUGAUUCUUCUUUUUUCUUUUUACUUUUCUAUUUUGAAUUUGUCUGUUGAUUUUUUACCUAUAAUUGGAACGGGAAUAUACUUCGAGGCUAUGAUAUUCAAUCCUGAAGUUUGAGGUCUGAGUUGGUUUAUAAUUGGAGUAUUGUGAUUUUAGUGUCUGAUGGUUUAUAAUUGUGUUUGAAUUUGUGUAAUAGCAGUAGCAGGUGGUUGAUUAUUGUAUAUUUGAGGUUUGAUAUCUUGUAGAGCAGUAGCAGAGUUUGAUGUGAUGUUUAGUUUUACUAUUAUCAUAGUAGCUGUUCUAAUAUUUUGGCUUUCAGGUUGUGCAGUAGCAGUAUAUAACAUUAAUAAUAGUUUUCUACAUGUGUUUUAUAGUAUGUCAAAGUCAACAUUUGGAAGAUUUACAUAUGGGACAGAGACUAUUCUUUUACCGUUGUCAUCAAGCACCACGUAUGAAAAUUUGUGUGCCAAAAUUUCCUCAAGGUUUCGAAACCUCAAGGAUGGUCAAUUUGUUUUUAGAUAUGCACUUAACGAUUGCCCCAAUUGCUACUUAGAGUGUGACGAUGAUAUUUUGAUCAUGUUGGAUAUCUUCCAACUGCUAAAUUUUCCCUUUAUAGAUAUACAUGUUCUUAAUGUUGGAGCUUGUUCCAAGAUGUGUGUCGAUAAACAGGAAAUUGCUGCUACUGUGGAUACUGCUAUUGUUAAUAUCCCUGAACUUGUUGAUGAAGAUCAUGCUAGUAGUGAUGAUUCAAACCUUGAGGAUGACAACAACAUGAUAAUUGGAAAUUUUGUGAGCAACAAGUCUAAAAGGAAGUAUAUGUCUAGUGAUUGGAAUGACAAUAUAUAUAAGAUUGGUCAAGUUUUCAUUGGUGGUGCCGUCGAAUUUCGGGAUAAGUUGUGCAAGUUUGCAGUUGAGAAGGGGUUUGAGUUUAACUAUGUUAAGAAUGACAAGUGCCGUGUUAGUGCUACUUGUGCCAAGAAAGAUUCCGAUGGGUGUGAAUGGUAUGUUUAUGCUUCCUUAAACAAGGCUAGUGGUUAUUUCCAUAUAAUAAAGUUGGUGAAUAAUCAUUUUUGUGUUGGUGUUGUCCGGCAUCAAAAUCAUAAGAGGUUAGGAUCCAAAGUUAUUUCCACUAUUAUGGCUGAUAAAGUCAGAUCCGAUCCUUUAAUUAAGCCCAAGGAUAUUGUCAAGCAUUUCAAGCAUGAUUAUGGGUUUGAUAUUCCUUAUCACAUGGCAUAUAGGGGCAAAGAGGCUGCUAAUAAGAUGUUACAUGGUAGUGAAGCAUUUGGGUAUUCUCUAUUGCCUUGGUAUAUUGACACAUUAAAGAGAACUAACCCCGGUUCAUAUUGCAUUCUUGACUCUCUUGAUAAUCGUUUUCGUCGAUUGUUUAUAUCUUAUGGGGCUUGCAUAAACGGCUUCAAAUAUUGUCGACCUAUGUUGUUCCUUGAUGGGACUUUUAUUAAAAACAAGUAUAAGGGGAUGCUAUUGGGUGCUUGUGCUAAAACAGGGAACAAAGAUGUUUUCCCAUUUGCCUUUGCCAUUGUUGAUGCUGAAAGUAAAGAGAAUUGGAGGUGGUUCCUUGAACAUUUGGCAAUAAUCUUGGCGAGCGACUACCGGACUAUUGUAUUCAUGACAGACCGUGGAGCUGGUCUUUUGGAUGGUGUGAAAGAGGUGUUUCCAAAUGCGCCUCACUCCUACUGUAUCAAGCAUCUAAAGGACAAUUUGAAUGGCAGGUAUCCAAGUUCCUAUGGUUCUACUUUUAAGGAACACAUUGUGAGAUUGUUUACACAAGCUGCAUAUGCUAGGACUUUAGAUAUCUUCAAUGAAAAGUUGGAAGAAUUUAGGAAGCAAAGUCGUGGGCAGGGUCAGUCCUUUCUUGCUAACUUGCCACCCGAAAACUAUGCUAUUGCUUGCUUCCCUGCUAAAAGAUAUGGCGAAAUGAGUAAUUCUUUGGCAGAGAGCUUCAACAACAUGGUCAAGGAUGAGAGAUGCAUGCCGCUGCCUCAGUUGCUUGAAGGCAUUCGUGUGAGAGUUAUGGAGAUUUUUUGUGAAAGGAAGGUUCAAUCUUCUACUUGGAGGAGUGUGCUAUGUCCUAAGCUUGAGAAAAAGUUGUCGAAAAGGAUAGAAACAGGGAGAAAUUGGAGAGUUAGCCAGUCUACUAAUGAUAUUUUUGAAGUUUGUACAGAGGAUAGCAAUGUCAUGGUGAACUUGGUUGAGAGGGAGUGUUCUUGUGCUUGGUGGCAGUUUAGGUGCUUCCCAUGUUCUCAUGCAGUUCAAGUAAUGCAGAAGGCGAACCGUAUCCCUUACCGUUACAUUGAAGAUUACUGGAAGACCUCAUUCUAUAGAAGUGCUCAUGAUCUUCCUAUUUUUCCAGUCCCGGAUCUUGAUAAGCCCAAUCCUAGUAGUUUUGGUGAUUCAGCUUUGCAGCCUCCCAAGACUCGAAAACCUCCCGGAAGACCACGGACAAGGAGGAUCAAGUCGUUUGGGGAAGAGUCCAGACCAGUGAAAUGCACACGGUGUGAUCAACUUGGCCACCACAAUCGCAGGUCAUGCAAUGUGGCGAUCUGAGACAGUAGCACAUUCAACAGUAACAGUAGCACAUGACAUGAUUCAGCAGUAGCAAAUUGAUUCAACAGUAGCAGCAGAUGGCAUGAUUCAACAAUAUGACAUGAUUCAGCAAUAGCACAUAACAUGAUUCAGCAGUAGCAGAUUGAUUCAACAGUAGCAGAUGGCAUGAUUCAACAAUAUGACAUGCAAUUUUUUGAUUCAUAUAUGUUCGCACUGCAAUUUUAUAUAGUAGCAGUGCCUCAGAUUAAUUUUUUGAGUUUUUGAGAAGUUUCUAUGUCAUGAGGAACUGAGUAUUAUGGGGAUAAAUGGUCAUGGAUGAUCGUUUUCAAGCAAUAGCUUAUUCAACAGUAGCAUAUGACAUUGUUUCGUUGUAGCAAAUUACAGAAAAAAGUUUAAUUUCAGUGAUUGAUA